AUGAACUCGCAAUUUCGGACCAGGCGAGGACAGAGGAAGGGGUCGCUUGGUUUGUCUUCGGUUCCUUCCAUCCGUCUCCCCUCCGCGGCUUCCCCUCCCGUCGUGCGGUGGAGCGCCAUCCCAGGCAGGAUGGCGGCCCCCCUGGGUUUGUUGAUGUUCGUCUUCACCCUCGUACUCGUCGGUUAUGUCACCUGGGAAAAGGUCUUCGCUACCGGCGCUUCGUCCUUUUCUCACCAAGUUCUCCUUUCGGAGAGUUCUCCCGCGCGGGGAACCGCCGUGUAUUCCAUUGAGGUGGUCAAAGAGUACCACCAUGAUCCUGAUGCCUUCACGCAGGUAGGCCAUUUAUGCGUUUCUUCCCUUCUCGUCUUCCUUUCAGAACUAGAAUUUGGACGUCUCCAAUUCUUGCCAAUAACUGCAGUAUCUGCAAAUUGUCGAUCACGAAAGGUUUACUUCUUGCUACCGCAUCCUCUGCUAGAUAUCUUCAGGUAUUGCCAUUGAAGGCGGGAACGACUAAUUAAGGGAGUUAACGAAGUAGCAUGAAACCUAAAUUGGAUAGUCUUCUCUCCAUCUUUUUUCAUCUCUCAUGGAAUGCAUUAGGAACAGAUCUUAGCCAAAGACAGCGUUUAGAAACCAGAGAAUUUUUUUCUACGUUGCUGAAAAUGCCCAAAUCCAUUCGUUUCAGACAUGAAGGCAGACAUUUUCGCUACAUUACCGAGAACUUGAAUGGUCAGAUUGCUCAGAUAAGCCCUGCCACACGCAUGGUACCAAUUUCUGGAGAUGUUGCUCCAUGCCUAGCCCUAUUGGUCUCGAAGAAACGUUGCUUAAAUGUGGGAGGAAUGGGAGUGAUCACUGUUUUUGAGCUUGAUGCCAUGGUGAACUAUGUUUAAUUGGUCUAUGCACGAAUGAGCUCACUAAAGAUUCAUAAGAUUCCUGAUAAACCUAGAGCCAUCGCCCUUCCCUUAUAAGUUUUUGCUACUUUGUUUCUUCUCUUAUAGCAAUGAUUCAAGGCAUGGCAAAGCUCCCCCAAUGGGUCAAGUCUGUCAGUGUCUCUACAUCGUAUUAUAUCUUCUUCUUCCUUCCUUCUAGGUUCUCUUUCCCUCUUCUCUCCCAUGUUUUCGUCACCUCUGCUUCUAUUUAUUUCUUUGGAUAUCCUCAAACACAACAGGUAUGAUUCAUGGUGAACUGAGUGCUGGCUGGUUUGAAAUUUCAGUUGCACCCUCCAUCUUAUUCAUGUGAUAUAUUGCCGUAUAUUCCUGUAAAUGGGUGACUAUCACAGUUUCUGUGCUCUGUAUUUCUUUAUUUCUUACUGGACAAGUUUGUUUUCUGGCCAGAGGAAUCAUUAACGCAGGACGUAGAGAGGGAGUUCACAAGCGUCCAUACCACAAGAUUGAUUUUUGACGGAAUGAAAAAGACAUAUAUAGUAGAAUCGUAAGCGUAGGGUGCCACCCUAAUCGAAAAUAUUUCCCCAGGGGUUAUCUGAAACCUCCAAUCAAUAGAAUGGUGUAAGAAAAUAACAAAUAUAUCAAAUAAUUUGCUGGAAGGCAUGAAACGAAUUGAAAACAGAAAAAAUCGUAGCAAAAAGGAGUGGCACUUUUGAAGAGUUAUGUUUUACAAUAAAAUAUAAUUCGGUCGUCUAAUUGGGCUUAAAGCACCUGCAUUAAGUGCAAAAAAAACAAUAUACAUUUUACAGAUCCGUCUAAUUGGGUAAUUCUUGCCGUACACAAUCUUCUUCUCAUACCUCAUUUACUAUAAGAAGCCAUUCUAACUAAGACAGCUGGCAGGACUAGAUAUAGUUUAAGGAUGAUCCAAAAGUCUAUCCGAAUUGUAUUUGCACACAUAGGGCAAAUUGAUUUUUGUAUCAUGGGAGGAGCUCAUGAUCAACAGUGAGGGCAUGAGUCGGUUAAGUGUUGGAGAUAUAUUUUGAUGAUCUUACAUCAAUAAUAUGAGAUCAGUCCUUUGUCUGGGACGGAAAUUGAUAACUAUAGAAUCUUCAGCAGCCUUUGCUUGAAGCAGCUGCCAUGAAUCGAGGGGGCGCCUAACAAACCCUCUUUUGGUUUAUAAUUACGCACAGAAUAAAGCUAAAAUAUGGUAUUUAUUACUUUUAAGACAGUGCAUAAAAUCAGGGUAACUGUGUGAUAAAAUCAUUGGAAGUGAUAAUUACUUGCUGUUGGCUAAUUCAGUGGGCUUUCAUAAGGCAUUUUUUCAUAGAUAUGUGUCUGGUCAUCAUCAUCAUCAUCAUCAUCAUCAUCAUCAUCAUUAUUAUUAUUUUAUUCUCUUUUUAUUUAUCUCCAUUCUCUUGAUUGCUCUCCAGCUCUAACCACAGAAACCUGAAUACCUCUAAAGGAAUGUGCUUGGGUGGUUGACAGACGCUGUUUUUUUUUCAAGAAAAUCAACGUGAUAGUUCUUUUCUUUUUAUUAGAAUAUUUUUAAGGUCAAGUACCCUAAGGAUAGCAAGGGUCAAAUGGUACAAAUUGUUUAUGAAUCUCUGAAAUUUCAUAAGCUGCUAGCGAGUUUUUCUCUUCAGUGGGUUGAAGCUUGAGUGACCCUGGUUUGUGUGUUAGGUUUAUUAUGAUGGCAGUUUACAUGCAUGCAGAUUGAGCUUUUCUCUUGCUGAAAAUAUUUGAUUCAUGUGCGGACUGAGUUGCAACAAGAUAGAAAACCCUGCACACUUCAUAGAAUAUUUUUUACUUUUGUAAUAUUUGGUUUCAAUGAUUUUUUAUAUUGUGUUACCAUUGUUUUAUUUUUAAGUAAUUGACAGGGGUUUCCUCUUAAUUUCAGGGACUCCUAUAUGCUGGAAAUGACACACUAUUCGAAUCUACUGGUCUUUAUGGGCAUGUAAGUUAAUGCUCUUCAAUAAAUCUGUCAACCAAUUGGUCCUUUUAUGUUAAUUGUACCAAUAAAACAUGUCAUAAAUUUAAGACUUAGGCUGAUCUAUAUCCACAUUUAAGUUUGAUGACACCUUAACUUAUUGUAUGCUUGAAUAGAAUAUGGUGUCAUUUCUGUGAUUUUCUUUUAAUUAACGAAAAUAAAAUAAGGUCAUCCUAAAAAACGCAUACAAUCGUAUAUAAUAAUUGCUGCAGAAGAAUGAUUUCCUUUCCUUGUUACGAGUAAGCCAAUGGUAGGCAUAGAAUGCGCUGAUCACAUGGCUAGGUAGUACAUCUUUAAAGAAAAUGCCAUGUUUUUCUGAUUUCCUUCAACAAUUUUCAAGGAAAAACCUGAGAACUCUAUAAAGGAAUUGCCUGGUUGGAAUGACUUAUGUGCAGCACGGUACUUGAUUUAAAGAUUUGUUCUUUAGACAUUUGACUAAUCUAAUACUGUAUUUGUGAUCUUUUGCCUGGCCCAUGUACAUAUUUUCUCAAAGCUGGAAUAAUACAGAAAUUCGACUUUCUUCAUUAUUCAAUAAACUAUAUGUCUGAAUGUACAUUUUUCAGGAUUUUUAGUAUGAAAUAGUGGUGAAGUCCAACUAAGCCUAAAUUUACUUUAAUGUGCAUAGCUAUGUGUAAAUAUUGCUCCGUGUGCCUUUAUUGUGGAUGUUCCUUAAUUUUGUGCUUAUUAUUUCAUCUGAUUGAAUUCCAGUCUCUUGAUUAUGUGAUUGAUUUUAUUGACAUCAUAGUCACUGUUCAUAAUGCCGCUAAAACGUCAGAAAAUAUUAUGGCCAUUGUAAACUGAUAGUAUCCUUUGCAGCUGAUUUCACUUUAUUGAGCUCAACACUGUGCAGCUUAUUUUGCCUAAAAUAAGUUUAGUUUCGUUCGUACAAUGUUCUUGUAAGAUAAACUGUCAGCGCAAACUUCUGGGGCACGAAUGAGAUGAAAAGUGGAUUUUCCCUCCAGCACAAUCACGUAGGGUUCCCACGAUGGCCAUUAUUAAAGGGUUAUGAAUAUAUCUUUGGACUGCUUAUGAUGAUCACGAUUGGUUUCACUGUCUGAUGGCCCAUUUAAUUUUUCAUUUGAAAAAUAACUUAUGCACUUCAUAGUACUAGUCUUCCCUAAAUCCUUGUGUAUUAACUUGUUGAAGUAACAUGAGUGGUGCUAAGAAUUUAAAUUUUACCCAGUUUAAUGAGUUAGUCUUACUAUGCAUUGAAAUUUAUAUUAUGAAAUAAACAUAUAUUUCAAAUAUUUUUGGAAAAUAUUUUAUAAGUAACAAAAUAUGUUUAUACUUUUUGUUUUCCUGCCCCACAGAUACGUCGAAUUGGUCAUGGAUAUUUUUCUAUAUUCCUUUGCCCAUACCAAUACUUCUCAUAGAAGUAAACUCUUUACGUCAAAAGUUGCAAGAAAUAGAGUUUAUUUUCUGAAAUGAUAACAGUAUCCUAAUUAUAUCCUAACAUCUGUUUCUCCAUUCGGUUACUAAAACCAAGUUUUCUCGAUUUUCCUUCCUCUUCCUCUCGUAGUUGGUUGUUCUCUUCUUUUCUACCCCCUUUUCGCUUCCCUUAUCUUUUACUUCGCUGUUCUACUAGGGGAGGGAGAGGUUGCUGAGGUGCAAAAGAAAAAGUGGAAUGGAGAUAACUUGAGGCGGAGGUUGGGGGGGGGAGGUGUAGUGGAGGUGUUGGGUGGGAACCCCUAUAGAAAGUCAGCAACAGUAGGGAUGAUGGAGGACUGGAAAGUCGGCUUAGGGAGUAGCUUAAGGAGUGGGAAAAAGUGGCUUAGAGAAAGAUUGGGGGGUGUGAGGAGGUGGAAAAUCAAAGGCAGAGGGAUGUAGAAAGACUGGGGAGAGGAAGAGAGAGAGAGUCAUUUCGACCAUCUGUUUGAGGAGGAUAAACUAUUGUCUACUCUUUCCAAACUAAUGCCCUUAAUUGGAAGGCUUAUUUCUAAUGUUUGGGAUCUUUUUAUGCAGUUUUUUCUUUGUAAAUAUGAUGAAAAAUGUUGAUUGUAUCGAAUUAUUAUCAUUUUUAUUAGUUGUGUGUUACCAAACUCAUUUAGCCUUCGUUAUUUAAUAUUUUUUGAGUUUUUUUAUCACAUGCUUUGCUUAAUGUUCCAUUGCCCUGGUAGAAUUUUCAGAAACCUUUGGCAUCCAUUGAUAAAUUAGGCCAUGGAUGUUUGACUAGUGUUUAAAAUAUUUGCUCUUUUCAGUCAUCUGUUCGCAAGGUUCUUCUCCAGACUGGGAAGGUAAUUAUCAUUGUUUAAGUUACCAGAUACGGUUUGAGUUACCCUUCCUCAAAUUAUUCUACUUUCUUUCAAUUGAAGGUUUAUGAUAUCGUCACUACUGUUUUCUAAAGCCAAGCACAGUACGAAUUAGUAUGUUGUUCUGUUCUUUUAACCAAGACCUCCCGUUCUAGGGUUAAGGUAAGGGGUUGCUUCAUAUUACAAAAUUUGCAAAGCAGAAUGAUUGAGCUGUGCACAUCAGGAGCAUUGGCACAUCCAUCAUAAAUUGAGGGGUUGUGGAGUCAUAGGAUGACUCCGUCUUCUGCCCUUUCUAUUGUGCUUUUUUUGAUGUAGUCCCUUCUAUUGCUCACUAUUCUCAAUAGCACUAGAUCUUACAACUUAGCUAUCCUUCCUCACUUUUUUUUCCUUUGACUCUCCCUAGUCAGAGCAUCAACAGGAUUUGACUGAUUGAAUUCCUCAUUGACGGUAUUUCUAAAGGAAGUGAUAAUGUCUUUUCAAUUUGAUUUCUAUUUAGAGUUUACACAUUAAGUGUCAGCAUAUGGCUGUAGAUGCUGACACUUCUCCAACUACCACCUUUGUCAGCAUUGUGGUCUGACUUUGCAUUAUUAGGAAGUUGAAACUCUUUAUCUUCGAACCCAUUAAAUUUGAUGUUCAGUGCUUUGUUGACGAGGCAAAGGAUCUUCAAUGAAGGGUGAGGAAGGCAUGUUAUCGCUGUCGAAUUUGGUAACAAGAAAGAAGGGUGAGGAAGGGUUUCCUACAACUGGAUUAUAACCUUAAGAGGAGGCUCAGAGCCAUGUAUGGAAGCUGUAAAAUGAGCAUCAAAUAAUUUGUUGCAAGAGUCACCAUCAGUCUAUGUUUGUUCUUAAGAAUAGUGUACCGGAAGAAGAGCACUUUUAUUAGUGAUGUUAAUGAGCUUAUGGUUGAACUGUGUACCCAAUGUUUUUUUUAAUAAUUGUUGUCCUUUAUUUGAGUGCUCCAGUAAAAACGAAGGUUCAACUUUUAACUUGUUAAAAUACAAUGCAUUUCACGGUUAUCAGAUUCUCUAAGAAUUUCAUUUGGUUGAUAUAUAGGGUAAAUGAUUUGAUUAACUGUAGAGUGAUUUGUUGUGGAAACAUGUUUGAGUGUUUGAAAUUCUUCACGAACUUGGAGUUGGUGUAGGCUCCACCACGAAAAAGAUAGAAAUUUCGGUGAAUGUCUCAGUUGAAAGGAAGAGUCUUUGGCUCAGACAAAGUGAUGAUUCCGUGAGCAGUUGGACGAAUUUCAAGGUUUUAAAAUAUUUAUUAACGAAUAUCUAACUUGAUCCACGUGAAUGGGCUUUUUCAUUUGAACGAAUUCGAUUCAACAAAGGUUUUAAAAUGAAAACUUGGACCCUGGGAAUUUACAAUGAAGCUUCUGUGUGUAUCACCAUGUGCCAAAAUGAGCAGUUGGACAAAAUGAUAGCGAAUUCUGAUGAAUGAGGUGGUGAGGGAAACCUGAGAUGUCUGAUGAACCUUGGUGUCUUGGUCAUCCACGUGGUGCUUGCCAUUGGCUUUCUGAGUAAUGGAAAGAAAAGGAAGGAAAGCUGAAUAAGUGUGGGAAAAAUGAGAUAAGAAUUUGGCAAUACAGGAGAUGAUAGAGGGAUUUUUUAGAAAGAGGGAGGGAGAGGGCUGACUGUAUGAAUAGAAGAAAGCCUGGGAAAGUGUAGACAGGUCCGAAAGUGGAAGAAGAAAGGACGGGAGAUGAAUCGGUCUCGUUAUGAAUCCAUUGCAUUUGAUAUUUGAGCAAUAAGAUUGAAGCUGACAACACAUUUGUGCAAAAGUCAACAAUUCGACCCAGGUCUUGGAAACUGUAGGUGAAGCCAAUUUGACGAAAAUCAGAACGAUCGGGGAGUGUUACAAUUCCAGCAGACUGAGCUAACCAUAUGGGAAUUGGUCUAGAAGCUAAUGCAAAAGGGUUUUUGGAAGGAUGAACUAAAAGGGAAACUUUCGAUCAUGGCUCAGGUUUCUCACCAGGGACCUGAACUGUAUAGAAUACAAUAAGGGCAUUUCCAUAGGAAACAAGUGCUUUCAUGGAUGCUAGCGAGGGUAUUUACUUUUGACAAACAUUACGUUGAGUGUUCAUAGGAGGGCACCCACCGUACAAAUAAGGUAAGUGGUAAGAACCUUGAUCUAGAAAGAGUAGGAUUCUUUUCGAGGGGAACGGGAAACAGGGGUUAGGGAAAGAAGGUUUGAGUCAUGGAGACCAAAUCUGUUCCACCACAAGUAGGUGGAGGAUCUCCAGGAACCUCUAGGACCAAGUGCUUUUUUCCUGGCCCCCUAAACAACUGAGUCCCCUUAUUUAUAGCCUUGGCCUCUCCCCUUUGCACGUAGAUGCUUACUAACUUCCACGGUGGUUCGACCCGUAGAAGCUGGGAGCUUCUUCCUUCAUGUCUUGAUUGGAGGCUUAUCAGUAAGCUAAUGGUGUUCGACACAAUGAGCCACACUAAUAGUGGCACUGUAGUCUGCAAAAUGAAAUGAAAAACGACAAAGAUAGAAGUCAAAGCUUCGGGUUCCUUCAAAACAUGAAGAGUUUGGACAUUAACGCUGUGUCUUGUAAUAUGGUCCUGCAGAGGGUUCAUUCAUAUCCCAGGAAAUUUAAGGUACCUUUCUGGAAUUUAAACUUCCAUCUGGGUAAAUUUUCUCUAGAAGCUUAAGCUGCUGUAAAUUUGCAGACAUUAAUGGAAUUCAAUUGGUCUUCGCAGAAUUUUUGGAUGAUGUUUUAUCGCUACAAAACAUUGUACCCAAUCAAGUAUUUAACAGUGACCCCAAGAUUUCAAGGAGUUGGAACCGUAGGGCUAUACAUUUAAUUUGUUGAUGAUGUUCAAUGACUUGAUUUAAGCAAGCAUUGAACUACCAUAGUGGUGCAAGCCAAUAAAUAAUUAUGAUGAAUGGAAUAUAAUACAGUAUGAUUUUAGAGAAAGGUAGUUCAUUGCAUAACGGUUUGGCAUGCAAUAAUUUCACCAUUAGCUGAUUAGUCAUUCUUUAUAGGUUAGCUGACCCUACAGUUUAUUCCUCCAAAUAUGCACCAAUUACUUUGAUUAAAAUGUUCUUUUUUGCUUAUUUUUCGCAAUAUUUUUUGUCUUUUUUCCUCUAUUUUCAUUUUUCCCUUUAAUCACACCCUUUGAUGUUGAAGUCGGAUAACUUUCGUGCAUGGUUUACUAUCUACCUUAAAUAACUGAUUUCACUUUCUAUGAACAGCGGUUCAUAUAUACACAAUAUGAAAGUCCUUAGGGGCACAUUUGAUACGUAUUAUAGAAUUUUGUGGUGUAACAUUGUUCGUGUUCAUAGGUUAAGAUCAUCCAUCGUAUGGAUUCCAGCUUUUUUGGUGAAGGGCUUACUCUUCUUGGUGAAAGGUUGGUAGAGAUCUUUUUGCUGUUCAAAGCAGAUUCAUAGUUCUUCCAGAAAAUAAAAAACGUCUAGUUUGUGUAAAAUGUUACAUUUAUGCUCAUGUUAGUGACCGGCUGCUUAACAAUGGGACUACUUUCUGAAAAGAUGUCGUACUGUUGCCCCAUUUCUGUCUUGGAUUCUGUUUUUUUUAGAAUGGUGGGUAAUGCCGUGUAUUUCCUGAAAUAAAUAUUAUUUUUGUUGCUUAAGGGACACCUUUGGCAAUUUGGGUUCUAAAAAUGGUGUAAAUCAAAAUGGAAAUAUGAUUGAUAUUUUGUAGGUAAAUGACCAGAGAUUGUGGAUGGCAAUGAAAUGCCAAUGUGGCUAUAUUUUGUAUCUGUUUUAGAAAAAUCCUGAACAAUGAAAUGACAUGUCAGCUUCAAUAUACUUUAUCAUAGAAACUAUUAAAAUUAUGUGAUCAUCCCCUUUAAAAACAAUUACGGAUGAGUUAUAACCACAAAUUUCUUUUUUUACCAACUCUAAUUUUAACAUGCCUUCUCAAGUGUUUUGGCUCUGUCGCAUGCACAAUAAAUGGGGCGUGUGCACCUUACGAGGAAUCAUUGGCUCUGAUACUAUGUUAAAGUCAUGAUCAUGUUGAACUUGAAAAAGAUCAAUCAUUAGUGGAGUGGACCUCUUCUAUGGUCUUAAGCAGACGAGCUUAAACUAAAGGAUAGAAAUUUUAUGUCAAACUCAUAGAUUGAGCAGUGAACUUUAUGUUGUCCGGCUCUAAGUUGAAAUAAUUUCUGCAGAUAGAUAGCAAGAUCAAAAUUGCCAUCGUUUUUCUUCUUUGUAGAACUACUAAUUAUAUGUUGGCUGAAUUCUUCUGUGCUUUCUACUUGUUACAACAAGCGUGGCAUUCAUUAGAAAACAUGGUAAGAAAUUUCAUUUUUGGGGGCUCACAAUUUUUACUACUUUUAUGCUUUUAUUUAGAUCUUUCUACUCUCAUCUUGAUAUCCAUGUGAUUUACUAUGCAUAUUUCAUAUGUGAAACCUAAAAAAUUGCAUUUUGAUUGCUCUGUUCUGUUUUUUGUAGACUCUACCAGGUUGCUUGGAGGACCAGAACUGGUUUCAUUUACGAUAAGCAUAGUCUUAAGAAAGUUCGUCCAUACCUACCUUUCGUUUACUUUUUCCUUUUACCAUUGAAUCAAGUUUGUUAACAAACUAUAUGUACUGAAAAAAAUUGCACUAUACCCGAUACUUGCAUGCUUUCAAAAAUAAGUUAAUUGUUCAGUAAACCCGUCCUGUGUGGCUAGAGUCACAGUGUUAAUUGAUUCCUCUGCCCACGUAGUCAAUGGAGUCACUUUCCAAGAUCCCCCUUGCAACUCUGUUCUGCAAUCUAUAGAGAACCCCUAAACCACUCUGCGAGUUGUGCCUUUUCAAGGUUGGCACUAUAUAAUUUCAUAUCCAUGCUGAUGUUGUGUUUUUUAAAAUUUUCAAGAAUAUCUAAGACAUAUUUUGUAAGGCAUAUCUUCAAAGAUUUAUGGAGUAUCUACGAUUUCAUUAUAACCACCAAAUUUCAUGUAACUGAUUCCGUGGCUCGUGUCACUAAAUUAGAUAAGCUAAAUGUCUAAGAAAAUGAAGUAAUGGUGCAUUAGCUAGUUAUAAUUUUGUAGUGCUCUAUCUGUGGCAAAUAGCCCCUUAAGUCAUUUUUGGUGAACUUUUUGGCAUUGAUUAAUUAGAGAAUUGCAUUUCGACGGCACAGACGAGUUUUUUUUUUAUAGGAUUUUAAAAUAUGACUGUCUCACUCUUAGCAAGCUCAGACAGUGGGAAUCGGCAAUGCCCCUGGCUGAAUUUUCUUGCAUGAUCUUGAUGAAUAGAUCUUCUGUCAAGUUCGGAUUUGAGGCAGUAGUAUAUGGAGGCUUUCCGAGACCCUUGAUCUCGUUUCUCUUCCCAAAGUACCUUGGUAUAAUGCGGCAUCUCCACACACAAUGGUGAAGCAGCAUUUGGAGAUAAUGAUUGCUUGGUCUUCGGAAGUGGCUGAUCUACAUCGACAUGCGAAGAUGUCUGUUAAUCUGACGAUGUGAUAGUGUUCUUGAGAAAAGAAGGGUGUGCUAUUGCUAGUUAUAAUUAGUUGAUCCCAUAAAAGACUUGAUCACGUAAGAUUCUCAGUACAAUAAGGUGCGGCUGAUAUUCUGAACCCGACAAAUGCUUCAACGAGUUUGAAUGUUGUUGAUCGAUUUUCAUGAUAUCCACUUGCUCUGUUGACUGUAAACACAAGGAUGAGUUUUCUUAAAGUAAAAGGGACUGAUGCAGAAGAUUGUACAGCUCGGUAUAAUGAUAAACUGCAUAAUUCUAAGUUUGAGAAAUAAUGGGUGAUACAGCUGGUUGACUAUAUAGGUUCUACUCUAGCCUAAACGCAGUCUUUUACGUAUGUUUUAAGUUUUAUCUUUGUACAAGACCGAAUUGCCCCUGAUAAGUUUUCAUACUCUCCCUCAUAUUGGGUCUCAUCUCCCUAUCUGCUGUCUUCCACCUUUAGAUGAAAACUAAUGCUGUGACUAUGUAGCUAUAGCUCCUGCUAGUCGUUACUAGCAGCCCAAUAUCCAUGCUUUUUCUUUCCUUCUCUUUCUCUUUUGCUUUUUCUACUUCUGGAUUUCCUGUCUCAUCUUUGGAUGUCUGCAUUGUCUUCUGUCACCAAAUUUGGCUCAACCAUGGUGUCAUUGACCAUAGUCGAUUAUGGAGGUUGAGGCUAAGAUACAGAAAUGAAUUGAGAUUAAUGUCAAUAAAUGCUCAAGGUAUCUUGUUAUAUAUUUGCCUCACGUUGUGAGCAUUUCUGAUCUUGUAAGUAUCAACUCAAAUCUCCAGAUAUCACUGCUGUUGUUAUUCAUUUGCUGGCCAGAAUUUUUUUUCUGAAACUUAUAACGAUAUUGUGGCAACAUAAUCUAUGUAUUCACGGGAUGAAUAUACUCUCUCUAAUGGAUGUCAGAAGCUGUGCCCUUUCUUUCACUGUUCUUAUUCUUUGAGCUGAAACUUUUAAGUACUUGUUGCAGGUGAAGAAAUUCACCCAUCAGAUGGACGAUGGCUGGGGACUAGCCACUGACGGGAAAGUCAUAUUUGGCAGUGAUGGAGGUUCAACACUGUAUCAAUUGGAACCCCAGAGCCUGAAAGGUUUCAGUCUACUUCAUUUUACGGGCGUUUUUCGCAGAGUUUCUCAUGUUUUGUCUCACCGAGUUUCUUAUGUUCUCUAUUGUACAGUCAUAAAGAGUACAGUAGUCAAAUACAAUGGUCAGGCCGUUUUUGAUCUAAAUGAGCUGGAGUUCAUAGAUGGCGAAGUAUGGGCAAAUGUCUGGCAGGUAUGACCACAGUUUUCUGUUUCUUCACCAUCACCCUUUCUUGAAUGACAGAAUUUUCCAGAUGCUAUUUUGUUCUUCUUUCAAUUCAAUGCAAAAUCAUUGUUUUACUCAAUCAUUUUAUACUGCAUUUCUCCUUUGGUGAGGCUUUGCCACACAGAAACGUCUGCCCUUUACUCAUAUAUGAAAGUGCUUAGUCAAUGAUCAUGAUUGGUAACAGCAGAAAGGCAUAUUCCUCAAUCUUUUUCCACCUGGCAUCAACCAGUAACUUAGAUAAAUGCAAUCUCUUGUUCGUCCCCUUCAUUUCUCAUUUGGCUGUGGGACUUGGUAUGAAGUGAUGGGCAUAUUCUUAUUAUCGUCUACUCUCAAAGUAAUUUAGUUGCACUGUGCAGACCGACUGUAUAGCCAGAAUCUCGCACGAAGAUGGAAAGGUGCUUGGCUGGAUCCUUCUCCACGGGCUUAGGUUAGCACAUAUCAUCUUCAUUGGAAUAUUUAGCAUCCUUCUUCAUUCUGUCCAGCCUCACGAAUCUUCAUGUUGCAGGGAAAGCUUGAUCCAAACCUGGAACAAAGUAAGCCGACCAUGAUCCCUCCCCCUCUUCUCUUUAUGAUGCCCUCUUAUGCGUCGGUGACUGAGCCUCAAGUUCUUCAUGAUCCCACUCGCUGUAGUAGGAGGCAAUCGUUUCUAGACUGAUUUAAGUUCACAAACCUUUCGGCGUUUGACUAGUUUCAUCGUUUGGGUGGCGUCAGGAAAUCGAUGUUCUGAAUGGAAUUGCGUGGGAUCAAGAAAAUGGGCGCAUCUUCGGUACGCUCCUUGACCUUUUCUCCUGCGGAAGAUUUCCCGGAUGCCGUCGUCGCUCUGACGUCCGCUCUCUGUAAUCAUCAUCGUCGUCAUCUCAUGUGCUGUCGCGGACGACAGUGACGGGGAAGCUGUGGCCGAAGCUUUAUGAGAUCAAGCUUAGAGAACUGACCGGCCCACUGAACGGCACGGUGGAAGAUAUCUGCCGUCUGAGGCUGUUCUGA